UAGUAUUUUUGCGUAUGCAUUAUCCAUCACAAAUGUUAAAGGCUACGGGCUGUAGUAUAACUAACUGGAGGUAUUGCUGUGUGGCUGCUAACAGUCAGUUGUAGUUUGUUAAUGUUUCCUGCUGGGAGUGUUAGCGCCGCGUGAGCACAUCUGUGUUUACACUCGUCUUCUACUUGUGGGAACGCCAAACACAGGAAGCAAUGAUUCUGCAGUGAGGUGCUGAGACCAAAGACGCCAAAUGAAAAAUCGACAAUAUUUAAGAAAUACGCCGGCAUGGAAACCAAGGCAAAUGGCUCAAAAAACACUGGAAGCUCUAUGGAAAACGGCCAGCCAGCUGAUCCUGCUGACUGGGCCAUCGCAGAUGUUGUCAAUUAUUUCAGAGCAGCAGGGUUUGAGGAGCAAGCCAAUGCAUUUGAGGACCAGGAAAUUGAUGGAAAAUCCCUUCUGCUGAUGACUCGGAAUGAUGUCCUGACUGGAUUAACAAUAAAGUUGGGUCCUGCUCUGAAGAUCUAUGAAUAUCAUGUAAAGCCACUUCAAACUCAGCAUCUGAGAAACAGUGCACUGUAGUACUUUUACCAGGCCUUUGGCGAAGAGGACAGUGAUGCGGUGGGGAGAUCAAACAGGGCGUGGUCACAGAAGAAAAAGGAGCGUGAUCAUAAGUGACAUUGAAAUGUUGCACAGGUUUUUUUUUUUCUUCACUGUUUUUUUUCAGGGGGUGUGGUGGCGCAGUGGGUUG